CUUGAAAGAAGAAACUACGUUAUGCGACACUUCCGCUGUCAGUGUAAUCAAAUAUGGCGGCAGUGACCGGAAUGGCCGAUUACUAUGAAAGAAAAGGGUCUCUUUUCUUGAGAUCUGAUCACAUGAACUAUGGAAGAGCAACACUGAAUUCAAACUGGCAUCAAGCAAGGGAAGCUGAGCCAAAAGACUAUGAUCUUAGUCAGAAUGACCAGCGAGAUUUAGGGAAAGCCACAUAUAAAAGGAUAGGCAAUGUCACCGAUGGGAAUAUGCCCAAUACUACAUAUCAAGAAUUUGCUGCGCAAACAAAACUGAAAAAGAAUUUCACAGAAAGAGAAGUUAGAAAGCCAAUGGUGAAUCUAGACACCAUGGACCAUGUUGAUAUGGAAAGAGAAAUCGGAGCACCAAAACAUGGAUAUGGAUCAGUGUUACCUCGCCAUAAUCCAGAUUAUAACAAACAUUAUCUUGACAGCACUCACAGAUCUGACUUUAAACCACCAAAUCCCAACUACGUUCCUGUACCGGAGUGCCCUCCAGACUUUGAGGACAAAUCAGCCGCCUACAGAAAAUGCCACUCACAGUUCACAGACACUGCCGAUUACCGCAGACCCGGCAGAAACACAUGGCAAGACGAGUCAGGGAUUUACACCAAUACCCAUUACAAACGCGAAGUUUUUCAGCCUACUGAAACAAUUCCACCACAGCUUAGUUGAAAAAUUUCACAAAAAAACUUUUAGACUUUUAAAUAUUUUUAACUUUUUAAAACUUAAUGAAGAUCACUUUAUAUAAUUUUGAUAAAAAAUGUUUUCAAAUAUUUUUAUAAAACUGGUUGUUUAAGAAUUUACAUGAGUUUUGUAUUUUUUCAUAUUCCACCAGAAGUGUAUUCUUACAAGAAAAUUGAUGAUUUCAAAGCAUUACAACAUGAUAUGAGCUGCACUAUGAGAAAACCAACAUAGUGUGUUUGCGACCAGCAUGGAUCCAGACCAGUCUGCGCUUCCGCGCAGUCUGGUCAAGAUCCAUACUGUUCGCUUUCAGAGCCUAUUGCAAUUAGAGAAACCAUUAGCGAACAGCAUGGAUCCUGACCAGACUGGGAUGACGCGCAGGAGCUGAAAUUUUAAUUUAAUCUGAUUUUUUAAGAGCCUGAAAUGAGAUGGCUCUGUUAUCAGUUUUAUGAUUAAUCGCUCACUUUGAUUAUGAAUUAAUUUCAUAAUUGACAGUGUUUAUGGACAUAUCAAUGAGUACAAAUUCAUGAUUUCUAAGAGGUUAACAGUUUAAUUUUUACUAAAUUACACCAGUUUUCAUCAAAAUGAUAGUUGGGAAAAGAAGCUUUGGGUAAUUUUAAUGAAAAAUGGUUUUACCUAUGGUAAAAAUGUCUAGGGGGAAGAAAUUUUGAAGGCCUUCUACAAAAUGUAGCAAGUGUAGAAUACAGUUUAAGUAACCAGCGUAUCUGCACUGUCUAUUUAACAGAGAUAUUGUUGAGAAAAAUCUUGUUAGUUGUUAUUUUUCCAAACUCUUUAAAUUCUUUGUUAAUUUAUACAAACACUGUCUGUUUUAACUUAUUUAUGGUUGAUUUAUUAAUUGUGAUUGCCUUAAUUCAAAACUCUGUGGUUAUAACUUUUAUGUUUAUAUGAUAUACAGUAAAAAAAAAUGGACUGAGAAGUUAGUAAUUGUAUUUUUCUUAUUCUGUCAAUACUUUAAAAACAUUUAAUUUUCAUUUACAUAUAUAUGUUGUAAGUGAAAUUGCACUGUUGGAGUUCUUUAUUGAUUAUUGUCCGUAAGUAUUGACCUGGCACUCGUGAAUAUUCCGUUUAUUUCCGUAAAUUAAUUCUCAGUGUCCGAACAUGAAUAGCGAUAUAACUAUAACAAUAUAUAUAAUUCCCUGACAAGGUAAUGUCAUAUGUGCAGGUAGCUGUGCGGUCAAGGCGUUUUAGUUGUAAACAGGUGUUUUAGUUGUAAACCUUAGAGUUGUGGGUUCGAGUCCGACGUCUGACUGGAUCUUUUUUUAUAAGUUUUAUAUGCAAACUAACCACUUAUCGGAUCAAACGUAUCGUGAUUUUUAUGGUCCAUUUACUGAAUUUUAUCAUAUUUAACCGUUGCAGAAUUAGUAUAAUAUAAAUGAUUUUAGAAGGGUCUUAUAAAAAAAUACAAAGAACUUGUCACCAGCGUUUCCAGAAAAUAAGAGAAACAAUUAAAAUUCAUAAAAAUAUGAUGCAUAAAAUAAUGUAACAAUAAAACAGGCAUCAAUAACAUUACAUUACGUAAAAAUGCAUGAAAUGAUUUAAAUGUGGUAACAUGCUUGGAAGUCAGACACCUUACCACUGCGCCACCGUGUCAUUGGUUUACUGUAUCUGUUACUUUAGUGAUACAGAUAUUUUAAGACUACAGAUAUUGCGUAAAUUAACGAAAACGUCCGAAAAUAUUGGCGAAGAUUAAUGAGUGCCAGGUCAAUAUUUACGGACAAUAACAUACUGAGCUUGGUGAUAAAGUAAUUUACAUUUCUGUCAUUAUAAGUAAAACAAAAAAAAGUUAUAGCUGAAGUUGAAUACUGUUUUCUUUUUUAUAGGUCUACUGUAAUACAUGCAAUUUAGCAAUAAUCAUUGAUGAAUUUAAAUAUUUUUAUAUUGACUGUGAUACUGUAUUUUCUGCCAAAAUUAAUUAUAAUUACACUAUAUUUAGAUUAUGCAUAUUUUACUUAAUCUAGAACAAAUACGUAUAAUAGAAUUUCAUACAAAUAGACUGGUAUUUUCAAAUACAUGUUUAAAGCAUACAAAUUGACUGAUAUUUUUAAUUUCCCGCCAUGAGUUGUGGGGCGGUUAUCGGAAUGGUCUCCAUCCGUCUUCCGUCCUUCCAUAACAUUUUGUAUCCGCCCUGUAUCUCCUAAACCCCUUGAAGGAUUUUCAUGAAACUUGGGUGAAAUGAUAACCUCAUCAAGACAAUGUGCAGAACCCAUGUCAGCUCAAGGUCAAGGUCACAACUCAAGGUCAAAGGUUUAAGCCUUCCAUUUCGUGUCCGCUCUGUAUCUCCUAAACCCCUUGAAGGAUAAUCAUGAAACUUGGAUCAAAUGAUAACCUCAUCAAGACGAUGUGCAGAACCCAUGAGUCAGCCAUGGUGGCUCAAGGUCAAGGUCACAACUCAAGGUCAAAGGUUUGAGCCUUCCAUCUUGUGUCUGCAUCACCUCAUCAAGACGAUGUACAGAACCCAUGAGUUAGCCAUGGUGGCUCAAGGUCAAGGUCACAACUCAAGGUCAAAGGUUUGAGCCACUAUCCAUAACAGCGGAUAUAGCUGUCUUUUAGACUGCCUUGUUGAAUACAUGUUUAUAGCAUACAAAUAGAUUGGUAUUUUCUCCUUUUUACCAUCUUCCACUUGAAGUAUUAAGUACAAAAAGCAUUCUUUUUAUUAAUAAAGCAUUACAAGCGUUUGAUAUUAAAGUUAUCAUUUUUAAAUGUUUGUGUGUGUGUUUGUGUGUUUUUUUUUUUUGUAAAUUGUCAUUUUAUCAGUCCUUAUUCAUUCAAUAAAUAUUUACAAU